AUGUCAUCUCCAUUAUCACCACCCCAACGCCAGCCAGCGUUGCCUACCACGUUCACUCCUCCGGGCUCCUGCUUAUCAGACGUGUACCAAUUUUUGACAACAGGAGUGGCAACAGUAUCCGAGACUGAGUCGACUGAUACGAGAACAUUUUAUGAACUUGGAGCCCGCUCUUCAGAGUGUUUUCCUCCCAGUGGAUAUCUGCCGUGGAUAACUAAUCAAGUCUCCUCGAGUGCCUAUUACUCCCCCGGUGUGUGCCCUUCUGGGUAUCUCAUCUGUAGGAGCGACACAAUUGCCGUUGGAACGUUGACAGAAACAAGGGCGACAUGUUGUCCAAACGGCUACGCCUGCCAGAACCAGUCCAGUCUCUUGUGGUAUCAGGACCAUAUGUGCACCUUGAGAUCAGGAGAUGGAUCUCCCAUGAGCUACACUGCAACUAUAAGUGGAACAGUUACGACUCUGACCCAGACCAAACCCUGGGGCCUUAAUGCAUAUGGUAUUUCUAUACGAUGGAUGAAUACGGAUCUUCCAACAGCUACAACAGCCCCUCCACCCAAUCCAGCUCAACCUCCUGCUCAAUCUUCUGGCUUGUCAAGCGGCGCAAAGGCGGGAAUUGGAAUCGGCGUAACUGUUACGGUACUCCUCCUCAUCAUCAUAGGGUGGCUACUGCGUAACGCUCUUCAAAAGAGAAAGCAAAAGUCACAGAAGUCUGAAAUUUCCGAUUAUGAAGCCGUCCCAAUAAAAGCCAUCCCACCGCCUCCAGAGCUGUUGGAACUCGAUUCGGGACACCUGCACGAAAUGGGUGCUUCCCAAUAG